GUCAGAGGCAGGCGGAUCUCUGUGAGUUCAAGGCCAGCCUGGUCUCCAGAGCUAGUGCCAGGAUAGGCUCUAAAGUUACACAGAGAAACUCAGUCUUGAAAAUCAAAACAAAACAAAACAAAAAACAGUAAAAUGAACAUACUGACAUACAGAGUCUUUAGUACAACAGCUUAAAACUGUUGGGGAAACAAAUGCCCCAAGCAGAAAGAAUGAAGAGUGCCCAAGGAAACAUGGUGGGUUAUGAACCAUCUCCAUUAUGCCUUGAUUGUUCUCUGAAUCUUUGAUUUUGCUUAUGGUUCUAGAUAGUGAAGGAUUCCUGAUUAGCCAUUGGGGUUACAUUCAGAAGAUGUAGAGCAGUUCUGAACUUUUCCCUACGGUACUUAGCCACAGGAAUGGUGCAGCUUCAUGGCUUCGUGGAAGAUUCUAGACUCCUCAGUGUCUUGUCAUUGGCUUAUUCUUUGACUGCUGUUGUGAUCAUAAUCCUUCCUGAUGGAAGUAGUUAAAAUCUAUGACAGGAGUGCUGUAGGUUCUAGCAUUUCUUGGAGAGAGAGCUAUGGAGCUGGCGUUGAGACAACUGUGGAGUUUGAAGCUUACGUACAAGAUCAGUAAAUUAAAGAAGUUAACUGUGAACUGUGAGUGUUGUACAGAGUAUGAUCAUGCUAUGUGCAAGUGGUUAGAUCAGGACCAUCUGCUUACCUGUUCUAACAGAUGGGAUUGUCCCAGCUUGGACACUUAGUUUUACUUGGUUCUUUGGGUCAGGUCAUCUAUCCUAUGUUGGUUUUUAAAGUAGACUUCAAAUUUUAGGAUAGUAGAAUAGUUUUCACAGCAAAAUUGAGUAGAAUGUGUUUCCUACACUUGAAGAGCCUUUCUCUGGCUUCCUCUGCCUUUCACUGGCAUAAUGUUUUGAUAUAGUUAAUAAACUACAUCUAAACCCAUAAUUUAGAGUAAGAUCAAUUCUUGCUGUUAUGUGGUCUAUGGUUUUUGACAAAUGUAUCGUGGUGUAUAACCACCUUCAUAUAGAAUAGUCUCCUGGCCCUAAAAGUUCUGCCUAAACUAUUCAUCUCUUCCCCCACUGACCCUUAGGAAUGAAUAUUUUUGUGGGUGGUGGAUUAUUUUUGUUCUCUUCCUGCCACUAAUGAACCCAGGACCUCAUGCAUGCUGGACAAGCACUCUUCCACUGGUUUGCAUACCCACAUGACCCAUUGGUCUUUGUACAGUUAGCAUCACACAGUAUGUAGUCUGUUCAGAUGGGCAUCUUUUGCUUUAUUAAUAUUCAUUCAAACUUCUUUCAUGUGUUUUCAUAAUUAAAAACUUUUUUUAGCGCUUAAUCCUAGUGUCUACCACAGUUCACCACCCAGCCACUGAAGGACCUCAUUAGUGCCUCCCAGUUUGGACAGUUAAGAACAAAGCUGCCAAGAUCAUCUUUGUACAGGGUUUUAUGGGUCAUGCACUUUCAACUCAUUUGACAAAAGGCCAGUGGGCAUAAUUGCUGGUCUUAAGGUAAGAGUAUGUUUAGUUUUGUAAGUAAGUAAAUUGCUCAACCAUUGUUCAAAAUAGCUGUACUGCUUUUGUAUUCCUGUUGCUCUAUACUCUUGCCAUGUUCUAAUGAUGUCAGUAUUUUGAAUGUGGCUAUUCUCUUGGGUAUACAGUGGUUCCUUAUCUGAAUUUGCAGUUGCCUAAUGAAUGUGUUGUUGAACCUCUUCAUGUAGGCCAACUUUCUGUGUGUUCUGGAAACAUGUCUAUUCGGGUAUUAUUUUGAAGUAAACUCAGACUUACAGACAUAUUUGCAAAUAAGCAAUACCAAAGAUUUGCCUGUAUCUGCCUUGUGGCUUCUCUAAAUGUAAAUGUAUCACAUAAUUAUAUGCAUCUGUCAAAAUCAGGACGUUAGCAUUGGUAGGAUUCUGUUGACCAAUCUACGACUGAUAGAAUUUUUCUGUGAGAUAAAAGUUUUUAAAGAUUGCACAUAUAAGCCUGGUAACUCCUUCUACUCUUCUGUGAGAUGAAGACCUCACAUAUAAGGUCAUAUGGUGUUUGUCUUUUUAUGCUUGGCUGUGUUCAGUUACUAAAAUGAUCUCCAGUUUGACUUACGUUGUCACAAGAGCAGUCUUUCAUUGUUUUUUAUGGUGAAUAGUAUUCUGUGGUAUAUAUAUGCCCCAUUUUCUUUAUGGACACUUGGGUUGUUUCUGUCUACCCAAUGCUGCCAUUGUUGGCUGGCUUAAUCUUGUAUAGGUUAUGUGCAGGCCAUUGCGACACCAAGGAAUUGAGGUGUGCUGUCAGCGGCCCACAUGCACCGCACAGCAAUGGCAGCUCUUACACGCUCUCUCUCCUUCUGUUCUGUAAUGGUCCCUGACCUCACCGGGAGAUACAUAGAGAUGUUCCAAACCUCUGGCUGAACACUCACAGUAACUUCUCUCCACAAUUUGCAUGUUCAUAGCUCUCAACAUUGACCACUACCCUCUAAAACAGGAAACUUCUCUGACCAAGAUGAGAACAUCACACAUAUAGUAUAAACAAACUUACAAAUUUACAAGGUGGUUUUAUAUUAUGUCUACUUAAUGAAAACAAUAUUCAUAGAUUCCUCUUAGAGUCUAAGACUUUAGUAGCCAUGGGAUUUGGUCAUGUUUACAAUCCUGAGCAUAGAUUUCCUUCCGCAGGUCUCAACUGAGAAAAGUUGGGUUCUCUACAACAUUCUUGCCGCAAGUGCAUCGGUAGGCACAUUUCAGCUGGCAUUGUAACGUGGGGUUGAAUGCUGAGUAAAAGACAUUGAUGAACUUCUUACUGUAAACCUGUCACAUCCCACACUUCUGGGGACGUUUAGUCCCUGGAAAAGAUGUCCAUGUCCCUCCAAGUGUGGCAGACACUCAGAAUCUGAGUUGUUUAGUGAUGUGAAUGCAUUAGGGAUGACUGUGAUGUAGUUGGGGCCAACAAGGAUGAAACUACCUCUCAUUGAAGAUUUUUUGCCUAGAAAGGUGUUCUUCCUGAGUGCUGUGAUGCUUGUGUCUGUCACAAGCCAAUAAAACAUUCUCAGAUGAGUGUGGUUGUGCUUUUAUUUUUCCCGUAUCCUUUCUGGUCAGUCUACGGAGGUAAAGUGUGAGCUGACAGCUGUAGUUACUCACAGCUGGGUUAAACAUUAAUGUAGCUGUCAGUGCAGCCAAGACCAGUAAGCACCCAAAAGCCAAGUCCCAGACCUGCCUGGUGUUCCUAGACUAAGGAGUGAGCAGAAGUCAUGGCUCACUUUGCACAGGUCCUGGCUGAAGUGGGCGACUUUGGUCGCUUCCAGGUACAGGUAACCAUCCUGAUGGGCAUCCCCAAUUUCCUGUCUGCAUUCUUCGUGUUUAGUCAGGUCUUCAUGGUCCUUGACGAGGCCCACCACUGCUCAGUGUCCUGGGUCAAGAACCACUCUCUGAACCUAAGUGCUGCUGAACAGCUGGCCUUGAGCAUACCCAAUGACACAGCAGGCAGACCUGAGUCCUGCCUCAUGUACCGGCCACCCCCUGUCAAUGCCAGCCUGGAAGAGAUCCUCAGCCACCGCUUCAAUGAGACACAGGCCUGCGACUCAGGCUGGGACUAUCCUGAGAACAGGCCUCCGUCCCUAAAGAACGAGUUUGACCUGGUGUGUGAUCGGGAGAACCUGAAGAGGACCUCACAGUCUGUGUUCAUGGCUGGACUCCUCAUCGGGGCCCUCGUCUUUGGGCCCGUCUGUGACUGGAUUGGCCGCAGAGCCACCAUUCUGGUGCAGCUGCUUCUGUCAGGCAUCAUAGGUGUAUCCACUGCUUUUGUGCCCAGCUUUGAAGUCUACAUGGUUCUGUGCUUUAUCUCAGCCACUGCUGUCGCUGGAUAUAUGAUGAGCACCAUGAUCCUGGUUUCAGAAUGGGUGGGGCCGUCCUGGAGAACUCGAGCCAUGGUCCUGGCCCAGAACAACUUUGCCCUUGGGCAGAUAGUGUUAGCUGGCCUGGCCUAUGGUGUCCGCAACUGGAGACUAUUUCAGAUAAUAGGCACUGCACCAGUCUUCCUGCUCUUCUUCUACUUCUGGGUUUUGCCGGAAUCUCCACGGUGGCUCCUCUCCCAAGGAAGGAUAGAGGAGGCCAAACAACUGGUCCAGAAGGCAGCCUCAGUGAACAGGCGGCCCCUGUCUCCAGAGCUCCUGAGCCAGCUGGUCCCUGAGGAGACAGGGCCCUCAGGGAACACCCUAGAUCUUUUCAGACAUCCUCAACUCAGGAAGGUGACUCUGAUUCUCAUUGCUGUCUGGUUUGUGGACAGUCUGGUGUACUAUGGCCUCGGCCUCCAAGUGGGGGACUUUGGCCUGGACAUCUACCUGACACAGGUGAUAUUCGGAGCAGUGGAGGUGCCCGCCCGCUUUUCCAGCAUCUUCCUGAUGGAGAAGCUGGGUCGCAAGUGGUCUUCUGCCUUCACCAUAUCCUACGUGUACACGGCUGAGCUCUUCCCCACUGUCGUCAGGCAAACAGGCAUGGGGUUCGUGAGCAUCUUCUCCAGGAUUGGCGGCAUCGUCACACCGCUGGUGAUGCUGCUGGAGCAGUACCACAAGGCGAUCCCCAUGAUCCUCUUUGGCAGCCUCCCCAUCGGGGCAGCACUGCUGUGUGCUCUGCUGCCUGAGACACGGGGCCAGACCCUGAAGGACACCAUCCAGGACUUGGAGCAGGGGUGUCCCCCACGGUGAGCAUUGACUUGCUGGACUUCACAUCAGGGGACUCUCUCUAGGGCCAGGCCUCCCCAUCUCCAUUACCCAUUAUUGCUUUCUCUUUGCUUACUGGCCAGCAAGGUGACCUCUUCCUGACAAAGAUUCUUGUUUUAGGUCAUUUUCCUCCUACAGGUGAUGAUAGGGGAAUACAUCGUAGCAUCCUAGCCUGAUGCUGACUGGUCUUUUUCCCUUGCAGGUCCUAGGGGGCACAGGACCCUGAGAAAGAAAUGGUGGCCAAAGGAAGCAGUUCCAUCCUCAGGCUUACCAUUGGCACUGCUCCUUCUUGCAUUUGUGUUUGUUAAGGGCUUGUUUAUUUACAGCAACAGAGUACAUGGUGAAUAUGGCUGGGGCCUGUUAUGAGGGACUGACAAGAGCAGCUUGCGUUUGGCCCAGUGUCCAUUUGCCUCUUUGACUGUGUCUGUCCCAUGGAUACCCAUAUGCAUAUGUCUGUCAGCAUGUCAGAGACCACAGCACAAGCCAGAGUUUAGGGCACCGAUGGUGGCAGCCUCCUCCUUGGUGCCGCCUCUUCAUUGUCCCACCAGUUUUCACACAUUGUCUCAGCUGGACCCAAGACACAAUGCAAGGUGUCCAGAGUGUCACAGAUUCUUUGAGAACCCUCCCCCUUCACACCUGGUGGCCUUCUGUUGUCAGGGUGGACAUGAGCGUUGCUGUGCCUGGGCAUCGCUCCUCUAGUCAUAGAUAUUUAGUACUGUUAAUUUUUGAAGUCAUGGACAAACGUGUUCUUCAGCGUCCUCCCGCUACCAUCCGUAGUUUCAUGAUGUGGUCCUUUAAUAAAAAGAGAACCUACAAAAUGGGAGAGUGCAUUUCAAGACUGCUGCUGUU